AUGUACAACAAAUGGUCGUUCAAAAUAUUAAGUACCAUCGGUGUUAUUGUUCAUCUCAUACUGAUAGAUAUACCAAAGGAUAUAAUAAGAUGGAUUACAUUAAGUGAAAAGAAAGUAAAGGGACAGCUUGUUGUUAUAACUGGUGGCGCUUCUGGUCUGGGGAAAUGCAUUGCUCAAAUACUUUCGCUCGAGAAAGGUGCACAGAUUGUCAUACUCGACAUCAAUAUUCAAGGAGCAGAAGAGACAGUGACGUCAAUAGUUGAGAAGGGCGGUCAAGCAUCUGCGUAUUACUGUGACGUAAGAUUUGAAGAUGAUUUGAAAAUCGCAGCGGAAAAAAUACGGGAAGAGCAUGGAAGUGUUGACAUUGUUGUGUGCAAUGCUGCUGUUCUAUCAUUUGCACUCUUCAAGGAACUGACAGUUGAGCAACUGCGACAGUCCCUUGAAGUCAAUGUUCUUGGCACUAUAAAUACGAUUCGUGCCUUCCUGAAACCGAUGGAGGAAAAAAAUUCCGGACAAAUAGUCGCGGUAUCAUCCAUUGCAGGCUUCUCAGGAGAAACAUUUGGACUCGCUUACUGCCCUACAAAAUUUGCUGUGCGCGCUGUAAUGGAGUGCUUGCAAGUGGAACUUAGAGAUCGAGGACUAGAAGGAAUCGUGUGUACGACGUUAUGUCCAUACUUCGCGCGAACACCAAUGGUGCUCAAUGUAGGAAUGAGACCAACUUGUCUGUGGUUUCCGUUCAUGAGUGUUGAGUCUUGUUCAAGACGAAUGAUCGACGCAAUCUUAAAGGACAAAUGCAUCGCAUUUAUACCCAAUUACGUUUCAUUAGUGGCAAUGGUAAAAGGUGUUCUUAACUGCGCAGCAAUGCAGUUACUUUUCGACGCGAUGAGCUUGAACGACGAUAACAUUUCUCGCCCAGCUUGGGCCGAACUUCAACCCGCAAUCAGAUAA